AUGUCAAUGAGUUUCUCGCCAACGCCAGCGGAAACUGCACUUGUAGGCCAGAUAUUCGCUCAAGCAGAUACGUCGAAACUAGGGAUUCUCCAAGGAGAUGAUGCAGUUCGCAUAUUCGGAGGUGCCAAGGUCCCUCCUACCGUCCUUGGAGAGAUAUGGAACAUUGCCGACGAUGACCAGAAUGGCUGGCUUUCGAGGAAAGGUACAGCAGUUGCGCUCCGACUUAUAGGGUGGGCUCAAAAGGGAGAAAAAGUGACCAAGGAACUCGUUCAUAAACCCGGCCCAAUCCCCGUAGUUGAAGGACUCUCUUCAGUUUCUGUUCAUCACACUGGAAUGUCUAUACCGAAAUCACCACCUCCUGGUACCGGACUACCGUCCAUUACCCAGGCGGACAAGACCAAGUUUCAUAACAUGUUCUUGAAAGCUGGCCCUGUGAAUGGCCUUCUAAGCGCUGAUCAAGCGCGCGACAUCUUUGUCAAAUCUAAACUUCCCAAUGACACGCUCCUUCGAAUAUGGAAUCUUGCCGACACGCAAGAUCGAGGCACUCUUGACGCAACUGAUUUUGCACUAGGAAUGUACUUUAUACAGGCUCUCAUGCACAAAGCCAUCACCAAUUUACCGGAAUCCUUGCCGCCUGGCUUAUAUCAACAAGCUCAACUUCCAAUAGCAUCUUUGUCUCAGAACCUGACUGGGACUCGUAGUCCCAACCAAAGCUCGUUCCCUCAAAAUCGAGUUCCCGUUCAACCGCAAUACACAGGGCAGGCGGCCUCCAUUCUUCAACCACAGAGCACAGGAAUGGCAGUUCAACAGCAAAGUACUGGAAUGCUGCAAGCGCCCAAUGCCAGCUUGAGUGCUCCCAAGCGAAUACCUCCCACUUUACCUGCGCGACCGAGUGCAUCUCAGGUCGGAAAUGGCGCCUUUGGUGGUGCUGGGUCAUUAUCCUCUAAUUGGGACGUCACCGCAGAAGAGAAAGCCAACGCUGAUCGUUACUUUGUUACCCUCGACUCGACCAAACAAGGAUUCAUUGAAGGAGAUGUAGCAGUGCCAUUUAUGCUUGAGUCCAAGUUACCAGACGAUGUGUUGGCUCAUAUAUGGGAUUUAUCCGAUCUGCACAACAAUGGGCGCCUUACGAGGGACUGCUUCGCUGUCGCCAUGCAUCUCAUUCAGAAGAAACUUGGAGGCGGGGAAUUGCCUACCACUGUUCCUCAAUCUCUAAUCCCCCCUGCCAUGCGUGCAACCGGCUCGUAUCCAUUUUCGCCGCCUUCAACAGGUCCUCCACCGUCACGUGCACCUGCACAGAUGGCACCUGAACCGACCAAAGAUCUGUUUUCUUUCGACGACUCACCUCCCGCCUCUGCAACUUCCAACGGACCGUUUGAUGUUUCGAUUCAAGCAACCGGCUCACAACCUUCUGCAUUUUCUUCGCCGGCGCCGCCUGCAACCUUUAGUGAUCCGUUUGGAUCCAGCUCCGGUCGCGAUCUUUUGAGCGAUGACGACGGAUCUGAAUCUACUCCAGCACUACACGAUCGUUCUGCCGAGGUCGGUAACGCGCAGAAUCAACUAAACUCCACGAACCGGUCACUGGAAACAGUCAAAGCCGAACGCACCAACGUGGAUGACGCUCUUGCUAACCAAGCCGUCCAACUUUCUUCCCUUCAAACACAAUUAUCAGUAGCUAAAGCUGCUUAUGAGACGGAGACGAAAGCCCUUGCGGCGCUCAAAGAACGCCACACUACUCAGUCCGCUGAAAUCCAAAAGGCGAGGCAAGAGCUUAUCACUGCUGAAAGCGAUUUGAGUGCCUUGCGAGUGGAGAAGGUCGAGAUUGAAGGAGCAUUUAUGCGCGAUAAAGAAGAAGCUAGGGAACUACAUAGGAAGAUGGUCGAGGCCAGUAAAGACGCCGAAACCUUGAGAGCUGAGACGGAAAAGGCUAAGAAGGACGCGAAGCAGCAGAAGGGAUUGUUGGCUAUUGCAAAGAAGCAGUUGAGCUCUAAAGAAGCAGACCGAGCGAAGGCCGAGAAGGAGUUGGAGGAGACAAACGCUGAGGUUGCUGCAGCAAGGAAGGAAAGGGAGGAGGCUGAAGCUGAGCUUGAGAAAUACAUUUCUUCUCCGCCAGUCGUUGGCUCCCCUGUUGACACAUCUGCCAGCCUGCUUCCUGAGCGAGCCGCCUCCGCAGAUUCCUUGGCAUUCGCCGCUGCUCAACCACUGCCUACUACCCCAGAACCCCUCUCUCCUUCCGGGAUUACUACUAAGAGCACCAACCCUUUUGAACGUCUAGCCAUGUCUGGGUCACCUCGACCUCAAUCGCCAUUCCUGCCCUUCGCUAAUGCUGCGAUCAACACACCGCCAAUCGGAGAAAGUAAACCAGCAGAAGAACCUGCUGAAAAGACAAACGGUGACAUUUCUGACGAUGAUCCUUUCGGUUUUUUGCGAAUGAACGAUACCGCGGUGGAAUCUCCCCCACAACCUUUGUCUGGUACUGAAACGCCAAAAGGUGUGCCACCAACAUCUCUCGUUAUAUCACCGGUUGCAUCGGAUUCUGUUUCGCCCCCUACCACCGCGAACGAGUUAUUCAGCACCCCCCCAAGUACUGCACCCCUACCAGCGGAGAGCAGUCCCCUUCGUCAAACAACCCUUGACGCUGUGUCUAAAUUCCCUGAUAUUGAUGGUUUCGUGCCAGUUGCAACUUCGAUCACUGAAGGAAAGAAAGCAGCUGAGCCUUCCGAAACGGAUCUAGGCUCCUCGUUAAAAGAAUUGGAAGUGGAAGAUUCUGAUUCUGAUUCUGAGGAGGAAGAUGAAGUCCCUCUUGCCACACUGCAAAAGAGAAUGUCCGCCGAUAUAGACACAAUUGCAGGUAGCAAGUCGAAAGCCACCAGUCCACCGUCAGCGUCUUUCGAUGAUAUUUUUGACACUGAAUCAACGCCGGCUGCAUCACCCACUUCAGUACAGAAAACUGAUGCCUUCGGUCUACCGAUAAAAGAAAACGGAGAUACUUCGGACCUUUUUGGAUCUCAAACGCAGCCAGGGUCUACAGUCUCACAGGUACCCUCCACAACAGAGGCUGGUGUCAAUGCCUUUGACGAAGCCAUGGGGAAACUAUCCCCCACCUCUCCUUCAGUUCCUGCACAAUUUAGCUCUUUCGACGCCGCUUUCGAAGAUAACUUCGAUUUCGUUGCAGCUGGUGGAACUUCGUUCACCUCAACACCUACGGCCAACGGACAUGCAACCUCCACAGGUGAUAGUUUCGAUAAUCUUUUCGUGUCUCAAUCAGCUUCUGGCCCACCGACUGCAUCCGCGCCACAAGUCCCGCCUACAUCUCUUGCCCCCUCCACUCCGCCUAGACCGAGUAACAACCAGCCAACAACCGGCCCCUCGUUCGAUGAGGUAUUCUCAGGAUUUGGUUCUUCGCCGUCAUUAACUCUCGACGGCUCGAAUUCAAGAGCACCCGACAUGAUUUCAGCUGCUAAGCCAGCGACACAGAAUACUGAAAUGUCGCGGAACCCCACCAUUGAGACCACUUCCUCUCCAAGGUCGUCGGAUCUUGGUUCAACAUCCCCACCACCAAGGCAGAAGUCCCCACCACCACGCACUGCAUCACCCAAACCACCACGUCAACGCCCGUCGACUGGCUCGUCGAUUAGGGACGGUCAUGAGAAACCUGAUAAGAAGGAACCGCCUCCAACUAGAACCUCAAAGCUUAGCAUUCGAUUGCCUUUCGGAAGAAAGAAGAAGAAUCAGGAGGCACCCCCUAUACCUCCGCCAUCACAAAUGCUCACGCCUCCGCAGGAAGAACCCAGGGAGGAUACCCCGGCAGCGGAUGAUGACGUUGAGGCGGUGAAACAGCUAACUGACAUGGGAUUCAGCCGGUCGCAGGCGGUCGAGGCGUUGGAGAAGUACGGAUAUGACAUUCCUAGAGCGCUGAAUAGCCUCUUAGGACAAGCCUGAAGUGUAGUAGUAAGUAAACGACAUGUGGGUUUGUUUUAACGCUUUUUUCGCCACUCUCAGCCUUCUUUUUGGAUUUUACAAUCCCCUUACUCACUAGGU